GCCUCUCUCCCCCCUCCCCUCCCGGAAUCCCCCUCCUCCUCCUCCUCCUCCUCCUCCUCCUCCGGUCGGCCGGCCACAUUCCCCGCUACCUUUCACCCCUGAGAAACCCCGAUCUGACGGCGAAGCAGCGCGGACAAACUCCGGGACAACAUGGCGUCAGGUGUCACCGUGAACGAUGAGGUCAUCCGAGUGUUCAACGACAUGAAGGUGAGGAAGUCGUCUUCCCAGGAGGACGUGAAGAAGAGGAAGAAGGCGGUGCUGUUCUGCCUGAGCGAGGACAGGAAGAAGAUCAUCGUGGAGGAGGGGAAGCAGAUCCUGGUGGGAGACAUCGGAGAAACCGUGGACGACCCCUACGCCUGCUUCGUUAAGCUCCUCCCCCUCAACGACUGCCGAUACGGCCUCUACGACGCCACCUACGAGACCAAGGAGUCCAAGAAGGAGGACCUGGUCUUCAUCUUCUGGGCUCCAGAAAGCGCUCCACUGAAGAGUAAGAUGAUCUACGCCAGCUCUAAAGAUGCCAUCAAAAAGAAGUUUACAGGUAUCAAACACGAGUGGCAGGUGAACGGCCUGGACGACAUCCAGGACCGCACCACGCUGGCGGAGAAGCUGGGCGGUAACGUGGUGGUGUCUCUCGAGGGGAAGCCGCUGUGACGAGACGGCGCCGAUACAACCGCCGUGCCACCACCACCACCUCCACCACCACCACCAUCAUCAUCAUCAACGCCACCGCCGCCACCCGGACUGAAGCCCCCGCCCCGACACCGCCGCCGCUUCACCCAGCAGCUCACUCUGUCUGUAUCCAUGUCCUGAAGGAGUUAGACUCUUUAGGCCUCUUUUGUUUUUCUUCUAUUUUUUUUUUUUGUUUUGUUUUGUUUUUUCCAACAUGAAGGAGAUCUCAUUAACAUAAUGAUAUGCAAACACCUCCCAGUUUGUUGCCACAUGACUUUUCUGUCCAGCGGGUAGAAACCAAACAGGAACCCCAGGAAGAAACCAGGUUUGUCUCUCUCUCUCUGUCUCUUUCUCUCUCACAGCCAGAGAUUUGCCAAAAAAAAAAAAAAAAAAAAGUGGAUGUGAAGGAAGCAGCCGCAUGUGUCGCACUCACGACGCUUUUUAUUUAUUGUUGUAAACUCCAAACCAGGCAGACACAUGUUAGACUAUGCAUUGAGAGGAAGGAGGAAGAUUUUUAUUACCCAGCACUUUUUGUUGAAACACUACAAGUUGAGACAGAAGUUUAAACGUCACCGAGCUAAAGCGUUGUUGUUGUUUUUUUGUUAUUUUUUUCAUUUUGUUUUUUUUUUUGUGUUGUGUUUCUCAUUCCUGUCGGACUCACUCAGUCAUUCUAGCCGUUUGGUCGUCAGCCUUACUUUCGGUUUUUGAAUGUAACCGUCACGCCAGAGUUUAGAGUGCACUUUUAUUUUGUAAAGAAACACUACAGGAAGCAGAUUUGACCCCAGCAGCGAGAGACGACCCCACAACAACAACAACGACAACAACAACAACAACACGACGACAUCUGGAGCCUUAAAAGUGGAACGUUGUUUCUGAGAUCACAGGAAGCCACUUUGCAAUAAAAAGCCUGUGGCCGA